CGAGUAGAAACAGACUGUACGGAGUUCAGAAGGAGGUCCUGUCUGCCCUGCACAGAUGGAACUUAUAUGGACCUGCCAAAUGGAGAGAAGAGAUGCACUCCAUGUUCUACCUGUGAUUCAGGAGCUGGUCUGAUGGUCAAACAAGGAUGUAGAACAUAUGCAGACACAGUCUGUGAACCAAUGGAGGGGUUCUUCUUUACAGACCCUAAAUCAGGAGGCUGUGGUGUAGCACAGAAACACAGGAGCUGUGAACCAGGACAGUACAUCAGCAAGAAAGGAACAGCCUCCACAGACACAGACUGCUCUGACUGCUUCAGUGGAACAUUUUCUAAUGGGACAAUGUUGUCUUGUCAGCAACACAGACAAUGUGAAAAAGAAAACCUUCAGCUGAUAAAAGCAGGAACAGCUUCAACUGACGCUGAAUGUGGAGAAAAAGGUUCCAAUAUCACAGGAAUAGUGAUCGGUGUGGUGGUUUUUUUAGUUGUAGCAGCGAUUGCUGCUGUACUUAACUGGAAAUAUAAAAUAAUUACAAUACCAGUCAUUUGCACAAAACGACAAAAACCCCAAAGGGAAGAUGCAGAAGGAGCAGAACACAGCAAUCGUUUAACAACACCAGGAUCCAGAUACAACCAAGCUGGAUGCUGA